AUGGCAGCUCAACCAUCCUACAGCCCCUUGAACGAGCGGCCUCUCAAGGACACCAUCUGCCUCUUCGACGUCGAUGGCACACUCACUCCCGCUCGUCUGGGCGCCUCCCCCGAGAUCCUCGCCCUCCUCCAGUCCCUCCGCCAAAAGUGCGCCAUCGGCUACGUCGGCGGCUCCGACUUCUCCAAGCAAGAAGAGCAGCUCGGCAAGCCCGCGGGCACCCCCGUCACCACCCUCUUCGACUUCUGCUUCGCCGAGAACGGCCUGACCGCCUACAAGCUCGGCCAGGCCCUCCCCUCCAACAGCUUCAUCAAGUGGAUCGGCGAGGACCAGUAUAAAGAGCUCGCAAACUUCGUCCUCCACUACAUCGCCGACCUCGACAUCCCCGUCAAGCGCGGCACCUUCAUCGAGUUCCGCAACGGCAUGAUCAACAUCAGCCCCAUCGGCAGGAACGCCUCCACCCAGGAGCGCCAGGAGUUCGAGAAGUACGACAAGGAGGCCAAGGUCCGCGAGACGUUUGUCGCCAAGCUCAAGGAGCGGUUCGGCCACCUCGGUCUCAACUUCUCCAUUGGAGGUCAGAUCUCCUUUGACGUCUUCCCCGUCGGCUGGGACAAGACCUACUGCCUCCGCCACCUCGAGGAGGACGCCCAGCGGCCUGGCGGCAUCACGUACAAGAACAUCCACUUCUUCGGCGACAAGACCUUUGAGGGCGGCAACGACUACGAGAUCUUCUCCGAUGAGAGGACGAUUGGUCACUCCGUCAACAACCCCGAUGACACCGCUCGCAUUGUCAAGGAGACUUUUGGAAUUUGA